GCAAUUUGAGUCCCGCCUAUUUGAAAGUAGGAGGGAUACACACACAAAGAAAGGGAGAUGAUGAGGAUGGAUCGAGUGGAGGAAAGGACGGCAGUACAGAGGGCUUCCUAUGCGUGGGAGAGCUACCAACAGCCUGCACCCCCCAACAGUCGAGGCAAGUGGGUGAGGCUGAAUGUGGGGGGCACGAUUUUUUUAACCACCAAGCAAACCUUGUGCCGCGAGCAGAAAUCUUUCCUUUGCCGUCUGUGCCAGGGAGAGGAGCUCCAGUCGGAUCGGGAUGAGACUGGUGCAUACCUUAUAGAUCGUGACCCUACUUACUUCGGACCCAUUCUGAAUUUCCUCCGACAUGGGAAACUAGUAUUGGACAAAGAUAUGGCUGAGGAAGGAGUACUGGAAGAAGCUGAAUUCUACAAUAUUGGGUCUCUUAUCAGGCUCAUAAAGGACAGACUGGAGGAAAAGGACUACACAAUAACACACGUGCCUCCAAAGCACGUGUACAGAGUGCUGCAGUGUCAGGAGGAAGAGCUCACCCAAAUGGUUUCCACUAUGUCAGAUGGAUGGCGCUUCGAACAGCUGGUGAAUAUUGGGUCUUCCUAUAAUUAUGGAAGCGAGGACCAGUCGGAGUUCCUGUGUGUGGUCUCGAAGGAGCUUUGCAGCUCGCCCAAUGGCUUGUGUGCUGAGCCCAGCCGGAAAGCCAAGAGCACAGAGGAGGAGCCGGAGCAGGAAGAGCAACAGGAACAGGAAGAGCAACGGCAACAGGAGGCGGAGGCAGAAGCUGAGGCAGAAGCAGAGGAGGAGAAAGGGAUACUUGCUCACCUUCAAAGGGCACAGCCUGGGCAGAGAGGAUGAAAGGAUCAUAGUAGCUGUACAUCCCCUUCUUCCAUACCACAGACAUGACAGGACCUGAAGAAAGCACUUCUACCACGGGUUCCUGACGGCUGCAGCCAUACAGCCUGAGGCAAGGGAUGAAAACAGAGGAGAUGUGUGUAUUGACAAGGUGCAAAGAAGAGGAGACUUCAAGUGGUUUUUGAAGUGGUAGUAUGAGACAAAAAGAGGUCGAAAGGAAAGGGGGCAGUUAUUUUGGUCUUGAACAAUGUGUGUCUGUUGCUGAAAUUGAAACAAUGAUUGAUAGAGAAGGGGAAGGCAUUGGUAAGUGAUGGGCCAUGAGAGUACACUGCCAGGAGAAAGUAACUGGAAGCUGUGGGGUGGGGUGUCUGGUGAUGCAGAAGCUCCACCCCCUAUUUAAAGUAUAUCUGUGGCCAUGAAGGCUAGAAACUUUUUUUCUUAAAGUGGAACUCUGUGUUUUUGUCGUAUUAUUUCACAUUAUGUGCCAAGUUCUGCAUAUCUUGAAAACUGCCAGCCCUGAACCUUGUAUAAUAUUACUCAAUGACAUUUGAAAAUGAUGGCAUAGAUAUUGAGGCGGUUCCCACGAUCAGUGGGGGCUGCCUGGAGAGGGUUAGCGGGGAGAGUGUUAGGGGCACCCCAACAUAUUAGACCCAGAGGUACCAGCCCAGAAGUAUAUGGAAUUCAGGCCUGUGUCUGAUUUCAUUUUAUAGUAAGAGUUCAAUUAAUGCCUGGGCUCAGGGUGAAUUGACACCCCAGAUCUCAACUGGUCUGUGAGGGAAGAGGCGAUCCAGCAUUGUAUUGUGAAAUGGGUACUCAAGAAAGCACAAAAGCCAGGCCAGAACAAUCCAAAUGCUAAAAUGUGACUCACUAUCAGAUAAUGUCUGUGGAAGAGGCCAGAGGCUGAUCUCCCCUCUCCUGUUGCAAGAGGUCCAUGUUAAUCCUUGUCAAUGAUUGACUCAAUUGCUCUCUAUAGAAAUUCAACAUAGGUAGAUGCAUACAAAGAAAACACCUAUAGACUUUGAUUCUUACUUUACUAACACUUUAACACCUUUUUGGGAUGAGGCUAGCAAAUCUGGGACAAGAGAAGAUGCCCAUUUGCAGCUCAGAGAUGCAGAUUUGCUUUGGGCAAUGCCCCCCCUUUCUAAGCUCACAGUUUACAGAAGAUGGGAUUCAGAUCUCCCUGGACUGGGCUAAUAUCCUGAAUAAGUAAAAGACAUUAUCCAGAAGGUAGCAGCAAGUUGUCACCUUUUGGGACCCAGGAAAGAUGAUGAGAGAUCAAAGGAAAAUAAAACUAUAAAGAACAGGCUUACUGGACAGAGAGCAAGCAGUCUUGUGCCUACAAGGAGUCUUGUGCCUACAGGCAGUCUUGUGCCUACACGCAAUCUUCUGCCUACAAGCAAGACUUGCUCAUGAGUAAUCCAAGAGUUUGCUGCCCAAGCCGCGGGGCUAGAGGCAGGAACUCUGUCCAUGGACAGGAACUGUCUGUGACUUCCACUGCGCAGUGAGAAGUCAAGACUUCCCCAGCCAUGGUGCUCUGACUCUCAGCCGUGCUCUGAGCAAACUGCAUGCUUGAUCCAAAAGCUCCUGUCUCCAGCCAACAGCUUCUCUCCUUCAGCUGAAAGAUCCACCGUUCUCAAGCCUCUGAUCCUGGUAAUAUGCUGCCUCUACAAGCCUUGGAUCCCUUCAUCCUUUCCCCUUCUUCUCCCUUCCCCUCGUCCCUCUACUAAUUCCUGAUCUCCCCAAACCAUGCCAGCCCUCAGCCUUCCUAACCCCCCCCUUUUUCAGUCUAUAUCUGAAUUAUAUUAGGCUUUAGGAAGAUUUAAUACACAUACACAUAUGUUAGUUAGGAACACUGGGUGAAUAU